AUCUGUUGUACUCAUCAUAUGGUGGCUUUUUAACGGUGCUUAUUGAGAUGCUAUUGUUCAGAAAUUAACCGGGUUUUACCUGACAAAAGUAUCUGAUUUUACCGAAAACGGAAUAGAGGCACUUUUUCUAAAGGGAUUCCCUCGUUAGCGUAGAAAGAAAUAUUGUUUUUCCUAACACCAAAAGGUUCGCAUCAAAUCUUUUUUUGCGAAUCGAUAGACCGAAACGUCUGGUUUAAGAUUAUGUAGAAACUUUUGAGAAAUGGUUUUCAGAUUCCAAAUUCCAUGUUUGCUAUCUCUUAGCAACCAGUUUUCUCGGCCAAAUUUUCACAAUCCAUUUUCCGACUGACUGUGGCACUGAGAACAAAACUUUUUAUGAAAUUAGAUAGCCCGCAUUUCAAAGUAUAUUUGACACUAUUUGAAUCUUUAAAAAAAGUGCACUUUCAUUUUUUCGUGAUACAGAGUGUUAAAAAAGUUAACGAAAGUCGAUAAAAGAGAGUUCAGCGAAUAUAUUGAAUAUGGCAGAAAUCGAGAUUGACUCUAUAGUUCUGAGGAUAAUAAUUUCAGUUCGAUUUUUCUAUUUCAAGGUAAAUCAUCACUAAUUAAUUGUCUUCGAAUUUUGGAAGAUGUCGAUAAUAGUAAAGAUUUUGUUUAUUCGGCAGAUGGUUCUGCACCUACUGGUGAAGUUCAAACAACACAAUGUACAAGAUCAUAUCGAUUUCCAAGAACAGAAACAACACAAUCUGUUUAUCGACCAAUGCGUAAAAAUGCAUCCGAUGAUUAUGCAUUCAAAUAUGUAGUACUUUGGGAUUUGCCUGGAUAUGGUACUUCAGAACAUCCAUUUGAAAGCUAUUUUCAAGAUAAAACAUUAUAUGCAUUUGAUUUUGCUACAUCAUCAACAUUGACUGAAUCUGAAGAGAAAAUUAUAUUAAAAGCAAAUGAAUACAACCGACCUGUUAUUAUUGUGGUUACCAGACAAGAUAUAUCUGUUGGGGAAAAAGCUAAGAAAAGAGGACUACUUUCUCGUCAUCGAAAACCAACAUUUGAACAAUAUGAUUCAAUUGUUGAUGAAACAAUACAUGAAGCUAAAAAUUCAUUACGUGAUAGUUUAAAAUUGUUACCAUUACAACAAUGUCCACCUAUAUUUGUUAUUUCUGCACAUGAAUAUCGUACAUAUAUGACAGAACCAAAAGAUGCUGAAGUUGCACUAUUAUCAAUGGAAACAAUUAAUUUUAUUCAUUAUUUAAUUGAAACAACAUCAGACAGAAGGUCAUAG